AUGCCAUAUCCAUUUGCUUCUGGAGGUCGUCCCUUUCAAGGAUCUGCGACGCCUUCUCAAAACCAGCUCGUCCUUUGGGGACAGAAUCAACACAAUUCAACGUCGUCGUCUCAUGGAGGUUGGAGUAACGAAAAUCGCAACAACCAAGCAAAUAACUCGGGACUCCAACUCGGACGAAAUAAUAUCGGAGAGAGGCAGCUUCGAAGAGGAUUUUUUUGGGAGCAAAGUAAAGACAUCCUAGCGGAGAGGCGUCUUCAUGGUCCUCGACAUCAGUACAACCAAGAAAAUCAGAGCCUAUACCAUAGACCGCCUUACGAAAAUCUCAACACCCCAGCGCAUAAUUUGUCGCUUCAACGUCGAGGACAUAACAUCGGAGAAAGGCAGCUACAAAAAGGAAUUUUCGGAGAGCAAAAUAGACACAGUCUCGCGGAAAGGCGUCAUUAUGGGUCUCGAUACCAGUACGAUCGAGAAAAUCAGAACCUCUACGGUAGACCGCCCCACAACGAUCGCGACAACCAAGCGAACAACUUUGGCUGUAUGUCUCAAUCUUCCUUACUGUGGGGCAACAGGAACCAGAGACAUCAAGAGCAUCGUGAGAGAAGGCCAGAGUUGUGGAGAAACUUGAAUAGACCGAACGAUCGUGAAAGAGUUGACUCUUCUGCAUCGUCACUCAAAACAAUGGUAUGCUAUAAUAAAUAAAACCGCGGAAAAAAAAACGACCAGAAAAAAAGGGAGAGAUUUUGCCAGGAAAUUGAAAUAGUGAUUUUGCCUGAAAACGUUGAAUUUAGAGCGUGUGUUAUUUUGUUUGCCGUGUUUCGUAGCAAGUUGAUUCAAAUUUCGACCUAGACUCUUAAUAGUUAGUUGAUCUUAAAACCAAGAAUUUGCACUUUCCACUCCACUCAAAAAAUCAUCUUGAAGGAGCCGCAAGAGCGUCAUGAAUGGAGCUUUUCACCAACGUCGGAGUUAAAUAGGCCAAUCUACUUCAAAGAUGCGAAUGGAGUGUAUCAUAGGCUCAACUUUUCGCAGCCAGAGACCCACGGUAGCCAAGUGCUUCCGAGUAACCGGCUGCGUCCAAGACAAUUUCACGUCGAGGGAAGUCUCCAGAUGAGAAGAGGAUUCGCUCCACAGAACACUCUGGAGACUUUAAAUCAGGUUCACCAAAUUUCCGCAAUCUUUUUGAAGUAAAUUUUAAUAAAUUUUGAAGACAAAAUCUACUCCGAAAAUCAGCCAGAAGCCAGAGUCGCAAAUCUGUUCGGAAGAAUCGCGCGAGAAUCAAAAUGAGGUUAAUCUUUCUCUCUAAUUCCUUUCAAUUGAUUUUCAACAACUUUUGAAGGAAAACUUCUUUCGAAAACCCUGUCAAAAGUCUGUGUCGAAAAUCUGCUCGGAGGAAUCGCGGAAGGAUCAAAAUGAGGUUCAUCUAUUUUUCUAAUUCCUUUCAAUUGGUUUUCAACGAAUUUUGAAGAAAAACUCUUCUCCGAAAUCCAGCCAGGAACCAGAGUCGCGAAGCUGUUCAGAGGAAUCGCGCGGGGAUCAAAAUGAGGUUCAUCUUUUUUCUAACUUUUUUCGACUGCAUUUUAACAAGUUUCGAAGAAAAUAUCCCUCCAAAGUCAAUUCAGGAGCCAGUCUGGCUAACUUGUUCCGACUCAGAGGAAUUGGAAGAUAAUUUCGACGACCGAGAUACUUUGAAUGGCUCAAAAAAAAUAAAAACAAUGAAAAAUAAAAAAAAAGUCGACGUUGAAGAUAACGAGGACCCUGUGGCACCGGUUGAAGAGGAAUCUGUGCCAGAAAAUUCGGACGGAUUCCAAAAAGAGGUUAAUUCAAAAAUGCUUUUCUUUGCUUAAACAUUAGAAACGUUUUCCGCAAGUUUAAGGCGCAUUUAAGGCGCAACACAAUAUUUUAAAGCAAUUUUGAGAUGCAUUUGAGAGAAUUUCAGCUAGUGGACUAUUGCGAUGUCCCGGGAAACCGAGAAGAAGACUUGGAGCGACUCGACAUCAGAGAGAGGACGCCGCUCAGAAGCAGACCUGUUGAGGAGAAAAGUGAAGAGAGUCUAGCGCGGAGGUGUCUUUUUGAUUCAAUAUGCCUAUACAACAGAGGGAAUCAAAGCCUUCUGAGAGAAUACAAUAGUCCGCCAAACGACAAUCGCGACAACCUAGCCUUUAACUCGCAGCUCCAAUUCGGAGGACAUAACAUCGGAGAAAGGCAGCUACAAAAAGGAAUUUUCGGAGAGCAAAACAGACACAGUCUCGCGGAAAGGCGUCAUUAUGAGUCUCGAUACCAGUACGAUCGAGAAAAUCAGAACCUCUACGGUAGACCGCCCCACGACGAUCGCGACAACCAAGCGAACAACUUUGGCUGUGUGCCUCAAUCUUCCUUACUGUGGGGCAACAGAAACCAGAGACACCAAGAAAAAGCCGGCAACGAAGAAAACCAGGACCCUGCGACAGUGCUUCAAGACGGAUUCGGACCGGAAAUUUCGCGUAAAAUUCAAGAGCAGGUACAUUUUUGAAAAAUAUUCAGAAAAUUUUCAAAAAAACUCAAAGACUUUUAAAAUGCGAGAAAUAAAGCUAGUUCGUAGGUUUUUUUCCCGGAAAUCUUUUAUGGAUGAGCUCACUAGAAAAUUUAAGUCGCACGAGAUCGUCGAAAACCGGGAGAAACAGCGUCGACGCGGACCAGACAUGGAAGAAAGUCAGAGCGAGAAAAGGAAGAAAGCUAUGAAGAAAUGUCUUAUAUCCUGCUGCUGCUUCGCUUGCUUUCUUUUCGCCAGGCGCUCCAGAGAUUAG